CCUCAGGAAGGAACCUGCAGCAAACUUCCUGCUGCCCUCGACCAGACACUUUUUUCCCUAGUUCCUCUCACUCCGCUUCUUUUAGGACCAAAUAUUUUUUUUUAAAACUGAACAUGGCAUCUGUCCUUUACAGGCUGGCAGUACCGAGGUGCUCUCUGUUGGGGCGCUUGGCUGUGCCACGGCGGGAAACGCAACGACUUGAACACCAUGGGUUGCACCGGGACGGGACGCGACUGGUAGCCGGGGGAAGUCGCUCUCUCGCGGCCUGCAGCCGCGCCGACAGCCGCUCACAGCACACAGCGGCGGAGGUGUCCGUGGAGGUGGACCUAAAGCGGCUAGAGGGACAGGACGAGGGAAUAGUGGAGGUGCUGAUGUGCCGACACAGAGCAAGGAACGCUCUCGGUCACACGUUUGUGUCACAGAUGAGGGAGCUGGUGUCCACUCUGUCCCAUGACUCAGCGGCUCGUGUGGUGAUCUUCAGGAGUUUGGUGCCGGGGGUCUUCUGUGCAGGUGCCGACCUGAAAGAACGAGCGUUGAUGGACAACUCCGAGUCCGAUCUGUUUGUUCACAGCCUGCGCUCCCUCAUGACUCAAAUAGCGAUAUUACCCACGCCCACCAUCGCAGCGAUGGACGGCGUCGCCCUGGGAGGUGGACUGGAGCUCGCGCUGGCCUGCGACCUGCGCACUGCCUCAACUUCUGCCCAGAUGGGUCUGAUUGAGACAACACGAGGGCUCCUCCCGGGAGCGGGGGGCAGUCAGCGGCUGCCACGGAUGGUCGGCGUCACUCUGGCCAAGGAGCUCAUAUUCACAGGUAGGCGUGUGGGAGGGCAGGCCGCUCUCAAGUUGGGGCUUGUAAACAGAGCCGUAGAACAGAACCAGAGCGGAGAUGCUGCUUACAAAGAGGCUCUGACCCUGGCCAGAGAGAUACUACCCCAGGCUCCUUUUGCUGUGCGGAUGGCCAAAGAAGCAAUAAAUAGAGGCGUUGAGGUUGACAUUGGGUCAGCAAUGGCGAUAGAGAGACUGUGUUACGCCAGGGUCAUUCCCACACGGGACCGACAGGAAGGCAUGGCGGCAUUCAUCGAGAAGAGACCGCCACGUUAUACUGGGGAAUGAAAGCGCUCCACCGGCAUACCAACAUAAAGUUGAAGAAAGAUAUUUAUAAAACACUGUUUGCAAAAUAAUUAUUUCCCCCCCCCCCAAAUCCAACGAAGCUUUUAAAGUUCUUGGUCAGUGAUGGCUGCAAAAUUAUUUUUUACUUAGUUGACCCAAAGUUCAGAAGGAAAUAUUGUAGGAUAUGAGUGGGUGGGUUCUGUUGAUCAAAUCUAUCGUCGUUAUCGAUCAUAAGUAGAUAAUUUAACUUUAUUUUUGUAACAGCAGAAGCAUAUGUUUUGAUUAGUUGGAGAUAUUUUAUUUUGUGCAAAAAUAUCUCCUCUAUUGAGGAACCAAUAGCUCUUUUUAUGUGUUUAGAAAAAUAAAAUAAAUGAAAAUGUUCAAAACUACUAAUUGGCAUUGGUCAGAAAUAUUCUUGAUCUGCUUUCCUGAUAGUCUGUACCUAAGUUUUAUGAAAACUGAUAUCACAGGCCAUGUUUUUAUUGUGUUAUAUCUUAUAGCUCAUGAUCUUUUGAGUGGACUAAAAAAAAAAAAGCAAACCAGUUUAUAUGGCAACAUACAUUCUUUAUUUUCAUACUUGAAAAUAUGACUGAGCAGCAGUGUGGCACAGUCUUGGCAUACAUACGGUAUUUUUUAUUUUUUUUUACCCCUUUCCUUUUCUAGUUGAAAUAAAUUGUAAGAAAACUAAAACUGGCUUUAAAUCUGAGCAAUGUUCAAGCAAUGGACGAAACAGCCAAAUUCAACGAAAGAGACAGAAAUCCUUACUAAAACUCAUAAUCCAGUCCCAGUUGGAUGCAUAACAAACGUGACAUGACAGAUUUAACAAAACCAUAAGGCCAUAACUCACUGAGCAGAUGAGGCGGUGUACAGUAGGUAAGCUUUGCUGACUAGUAUAUACAUAUAUAUAUAUUUUUUGGUUUCUGGACCUGCUGUCAUAGUUCACCUGGUUAUGUAUGCAAACUGACCUGUCCUUUAUGGCAUCACGGUUUUUAACCGCAGUUUGUAAAACAGAGGUUGAUGUGACUUGCAUAGAAAAUGCAAGGUGAGAAACUAAUUAGUGAAUAAUUAUAGUGGCAGCCUCUGGCCUCAGGGUUCCUAUGUAGUCUGGACAUGCAAUUAACUCGUAUUAUUCAAAGUCUGGUUAAGCAUUUAAAA